AUGAAUACGAGCAAUCUACGUCCAAUGUUGCGCAAUAUGGACCCCACAUCUGUUGUUAUCUUGAAUACCUUGCACACGCUGGUCGAGACUUACAAGGGCGGCGAGUUAGCAAUGCUUUCCUUGAAGAGUGAGCCGGCAAUAAUUCGCGUAAUUUUACUCUCGGCAACUAAUCAUGACAGCUCUAGAAGAAGAUCUAAUCAAGGCCAUACUGAAGAGAGGAAACUUCAGAAGAAAAGGGGGAAAUUGGUGCCUUCCCGUUACUUUUACAAGUCAUCAACAUUUAUGGAUAGGAAACUUAGCUGUACUCCAACCGAGACAUGGCAGCCGGGGUCGCUUGCGCUUGCUAGAAUGCUUUGGGGCCACUUUCGUCCCCGGGGAAAAGCUCUCGGGCAAGUGGGCGUCCCAGGACAAUCGUCCCAGGAAAAUCGGCGUCCUGGGAAAGUCCUAGGAAAUUUGGAAAAUCGUCCAAUGAAAAUCCCCGUCCCAAGAUAUCUGCGAUCGAGGCCUUGGAGAGUCGUCCUAGACUCCUACGAUAUCUAUAAUCGAGGUUUUACCAAAUCUGACCUCCUAUAA